GUAAACAACAGCGGGACAAACAAACCAAGAAGAAAAAGAAAGAUAAGAAAGAGGAUAAACCAGAAGAACCAGAUAGAAAAGAGACAGAGGAGGGGGAAGAAAAGGAAGGAGGAUCAUAUCGUAUCGUCCCCGGUUUGACAGAAGGUGAACCACUGUGCAAAGUUUGAAAGGGUUUAUUUUAGAAUUAAAAUUACAAAUCUAAGGUCCCCAAAAUGUGUAGAUGGACGAUGGCUCAAUGACUGGAAAACCCUAGGAAUCCAAGAAACAAAAUACCUAAAGUGAAAAGAACAAAAGUCACAGGAUUGUCCAGGCCCCAAGGUCCUGGAAUCACACAGCAGCACCUUUCAGAAAAAAUCCAGCCUUCUGCCAAGUCCACCACAGGAAUUAAACCAGCUGAAGAAUGGUCCGUGAAGGUGGCACGGUGACGAUGCAGUGCAUAAACAGUCCGGCAGAGGUCGCUGCAGCAAACAAACAGCUUGUUUAUUAUCUCAGGCAGAAAGAAAAAAGAAAAGAGGAUCAAUGAACAGCGAACAGGUGGCACGCGGAAGUGCAACCUGUGCGCGUGUCCCGGUGUUUAAAUGCCAGCAGGCUGAGCGCGCGCGCGCACCUUCCUCCUCAUCAUGGCCCCUAAAGACCCCCUGCUCGGCACCCUCAAAGUGUGCGUCCUCAACCUGCAGGCUGAUGGAGACACCGUGACGGACUCCAACCCGCACCUGGCCUCGUGCUGCGAGCUGCUGGAGCUCGUGCUCAGGAAGGGGCUCCAGCAGCCUGUUCUCAGUCUGGUGCAGCGGGAUUAUUGGCAGUGCUUCGAUCAGCUCCCUCACCAGGACGUCUGCGGCAGGCUGUCCGCCGUGUCCCUGGCGGUGGAGCAGACCAGAGUGUGCAGGAAGCUGCUCUCGGCUCAGGGCCGCGGCCGCUACCUGCUCCGGCUGGCCCUCAACCGCAGGGCCCUGCCUCAGUUCUUCACACACCUGCUGCACACGCCGCGGGUGCUGGAGUGGUACAGCCCGGCUGUAUCCAUCCUGAGGAACGAAGAGUUUGUGGAGCCUUUCAUGUCCCUGCUGCUGGUUCUCUCCCAUAUGGAGUUCAAACUGGACAUGGAGAAUUGCAGUUUUCUAGACGAGAGCUGGCUCCUCCCGGUGUGUGAGAUUUAUGAAGUGGUGCCCUGUCGGGAGGUCGGGAUCGUUUUGAGGUAUCUCAGUGGGCGUGUCUUCAUCCUCGACCUGACGCCCGGCAGCCAGGCUGACGUCGAUAAGUUCGUCUCUCCCGGGGACGUUAUUGAUGAAAUCAACGGGACGUCGCUGAGGAAUUCUAAAAACGGACAGGCGGGCGUGGUUCUGUCCCGGCUCAGAGGCUGCCCGCUGUCCAUCCGGAUCAUGCGCUGGCGCGCCCGCGACGGGACGGUUUAUCGGCCACUCAUCAAACUCCUGCGGGCCCUGAGGACGGAGAACCCGUCCCUGCAGCUGGGCCCCCCCUCCGCCCCCCAGCAGACCCCCAGCGGGGACAGGCCGUCUCCGUCUCAGUGUCUCAAAGAGGGAAGGAUUGUGUACAUCGUGCAGUUCUUGGGAAAAGCGAACAUAGGAAUGUUUGGAGGGAAAGAAGUGCUUCAGCACGCGAUUCCACAAGUGCUCCAGCAGAAGCAGCCCAGCAAGGAGGUGCUGCUCGACCUGAAGGAAACGCAUCUGACCUGCACCGACAGAAACUCCAAACUGGAGCUGUUCGAGCAUCACUAUCCAGAGAUCUCCUGCGUGGGCAGGUUCGCCCAGCCGGAUUACACCAUAUUUGCGUUCUGUGUGGCAGACUCCCCAGAAACCCCUCAGUCCACUGGAUUCUGCUGCGUGGCGUUCAGAGCCGCCGGGAUCAAGGAGUGCGAGGAGGUGGUGUGUCGGAUCGCGACUGGCUUCAAACACACCGAGUGGUUCGUAUGAGAUCGACUCAUUUCCAGUGUAAAUAAAAAGAUGUGACUCAA